UUCGGCCAAGGACCCGAGGACACUCCAAUUCGUGCUUCAAGGCACGGCGGCGGAUCAUGAAAGAAAUUGCCUGGGGGGUGAUCGCCGCGUUGAGCUCCGGGCUUUCUUCACACCGCGCUCUCAUCAUUGCAUGGACCCCUGGGCAGUUUCCACCCCGCCCGCUUCCUACUUGGUGCAUCGUGCGGCGCAGCCGUUGCCGCCGCGAGGGGUCCUGGGCAUGCCCAGCCCUGCCCACUUCCCGCUGGCUUGCCGCGCCCCGCCGGUGCCGCCACGUGAGGCCUCGGGUAUUCCCGUCUACCGUGCUGGGCCCUGAACUUCCUCGGGCGUGCUGUGGGGCCCUGGGCUUUUUUUUGCCCACACUGCGUGGGCGUUCCUGGCUGACUUUGCGCCGCACGCGGCAUUUCUGAUGACAGUUGGGUGCACGCGCUGGCACCAUGGAUUGUUGAAAGGGUCUUCGUCGCUUCAUCCAUCUACAGCGUUCCCCAGGAUCCAUCUCUAGAAUUCGUCUUCGCCUUGCACAUUAUGUUUGAAAUGCUUUUUGUCGCAGCUUUUCUGAGCCAUCGCCCAUCCCUGGCCGCCCCCAGCAUUGCCUUGCCUCCGCGCCGCCCCAGUAUGCAGUGCCUCGGCUCGCGUCCACAUCGCCUCGGCCCCCCGCUGCCCCGCUGCCCAGUUUCAGUCGGUGUACAGUCCUCGAGACAUGCGACGUCAAGGCUUGUUCGAGGCUUCUCCUCCCUCGACUCGCUACGAGAGGAGGUGAAGAGGUUGCAGAGGAGCGAUCCCAACGCGAAGGAGCAGUGGUACAGCUGGUGCGAGCAGUACGGCGAGUCGAAGCGCGACCCCCUCAAGCAUGGGGAGGAGUUCCUGCAGACUUUCCUGUCGUCCUACAGGACGGGCAUGCGGCUCCCGCAGGAGGCGGAGCAGCUCAAGGUCGAAAAUGUGACCAAGGCGCUGCAAAGGCAUCGUGCCACCCUCGAGCAGCAGUUUGCAUUGCCUCGGUUUCAGGCCGACUCUAACCCCGGCGGAGGCGCGCUGGUCCAGGCGCCAGCGCAGGUGUCGAGCCAGCUGCCGUCGCCCACCAAGCGGGGCGCGAGGAUCUCAAAGUCGGCGGCGGUAAAGGGCAGCCCCGCAGAAGAGCAGGGCCAUGCGGGCCGGCGGACGCGGCAGAGGCGAUCUGCAUGGGUCGACGUGGCCAGGGCAGCAGCAGGGGGCUCGGGGCCUGCGCCGAUGGCAGGGGGCGGGCGACAGGAGUUUUACAACUUCCUGUCCACCACCGUCAUUGAGAUCAUGCAGUGCCUCGCCGAGGGUCAGGACGGCAGCGGGAGGGGAUUCCCGAGAUUCGGCUCGGCCUGCCGUGCCGUGGUGCGCGUCGCCGUCGCAGCGGCGGUGCUUGCGCCCACCGUGGGGCCGCGCAAGGGAGUGGCCAUGCAGAAGAUAGUGGCCGCGUUCGAGGGCCUCGGUACCCGGUCGACAUCGACGACGACGACCUCUGAGAGGCCGUGUCUUGUCGAUGCGAAAGGGACUGGGAAACCACAGCCGCUGCGCGGCGACAGCUGGUCCUCCUUCUGCUUCAAGUGCAUGAGUUUCAUAACCAGCAUGUACCCGACCGCGCGAGACCUCCACGAGAGGGCGCAGAGCCACGAGGACGCGAUCCGGGGCAUCGAUGGGGCGAAGAUCGACCCGGACGCAGACCGCGCCCAGGACCAGUUGCACACCGUGCUGGCGCAGCUGGUAGAGGGUGAGUCCGAAGAGAUCGUGCGCAACUGCGAGAGCCAAAAGGUUCUCAACCAGCCAGAGCAGAAGUUGGAGAAACUCAGCAGCGCCAUCGAAGCACGGGCGCAGGAUAUCACCCGGUACCAGCAGAGGGCCAAGAAGACGGUCGACGACGAUAUCAAGACAGCCGUCUUGAUUCCCAUGUGCCCGAACCCACUGAAGCAGCACUUGCAGUUGAACGACGACCGUUUUGACUUCUACGACGACGUCUUGGAUGGGGCCACCCAGUGCGCGGAGACGCGCCGGGCCAGCCAGCUCGACGAGCCAACGCCGAUGGACAUAGGCAGCCUGCAGAAGGGCGCCUGCAAGGGCAAGAACAAAGGCAUGGGCAAGGGCUACUGCGGCAAGUGCUGGGAGGUGGGCCACGUGGCCAAGGGCUGCAAGAGCGGCGAGGGCCGCGACUCCGACAGCAGGCCGCGCGGCGCGCGCGGCAAGCAGGGGCGCGCGAGCAAGGGCUGCCGGCGCGCGAUCACGGGCAAGGCCAGCAAGGGCGCGCCGAGGGGCGACAAGGGCUGCAAGACGAAGAGGGGCGGCAAGAAGGGGCUUCACUGCAUGGGGGCGCCCAGGGACUACGAGGACCAGCCGGGGCCAGAAGUGGGGGGCCUCGAACUCUGCGCGGUGGAGAGGGCCGAGCAGGGCGCCGGGCCGCUCGACGAUAUCUUUUUGGCGGCGCUCGAGAGCCUGGGCAGCGUCUUCAGCGGUGUCGGAGACUCCGCCCCCGAGCCGCUGGCAGACUGCGCGGGCGCACCAGUCAAGAGGGAAGGAUUGGAGGGGUUGGGUCUGUACUCGGCGAAGUAUGACCAGGAUCAUGAGGCGAUAGACGCAGCCGCGGACAGCGCCGCCGCAGCCGCCAUCGCGCCAGAGGAGAUGCGCAGCGACCACCCUAUCGACCCCGACGGGAGCGGCAUCGAGCACAAAGCGGCAGGGGGCCAGACGUCCACCGACAAGGAGGGCAGCUACGCGGGGCACGUCGGCGCGAAGCAAAGGGCCUUUCUGAAUCGCGCCAACAGGAUAUUCCUCGUGAAACUGCGGGCAAAGAGCGCGCCUAAGCAGCAAUGCGCCGAGGCCGCGACGAACCCGAUGGAGAUAGACCGGAUGAUCGCAGCGCUCCAGAAGCAAGAGAGCACCGGGGGCGCGGAGGCAUCCGCGGGGAGCGCGGUCGAGUCGAAAGUCGCUGAACCCAUGGGUUUCUCCCAGCAGGUCUAG